UCAUAGAACGAUCAGGUAGAAAUUUCGCGUCCGCGUUAUUGGGAAAUACAUGACAACUAUAGGGCCGCAUUGGAGAGAUUAUUUUCACAUUUAUUUAAGGCGUUAUCGUUCCACUGUUUGUACGUACUGAGCGUUGAAAACGUUCCGGCACAAAUAAACGAUCAUUAAUUUCGGAUUAAAUCACCGGUGACUGUAAAUGGCUGUGUAAAUUGUAUUGUCAUUGACUGAACUAUAUGUUGUGUAAAGAGUUGACAAAUAUUUCAAAAGUUGCGUGUUUUCGAUUUAUUAAAUUUGUAUAAGUGCAAGUGUAAGUGACAAUCCGACAUAGCUUUCUUUGUAACAAUGUGUAACUAAGCCUGUUCUGAUUUAGGAUUAAGAAUAAUGAUGUUUACAAAUAUUUAAGGAUAUUUAAGGUGACUUUUGUGAUAUGAAUAGGAUAGCGAUUGGCACGAAUAACUGUAUAUGUAUGUUUUUUGUUUAUUUAUUUGUGUUGCUAGGACGCUAUAGUACGUGGUUAAAUACGCUGCUACGCAUGUGUUCGUACCAACAUAUUUCACGUAAAUCGUUAACCUUCGAGUUACGCUGUGCGUGAGCUAGAUGACACAACUACCCGACAAAACGCGCCACAACAAUGACUAUGGAAAAAUCUGAUGUACAUAUUGAACGGUCGACGCUAAAAGAUAACAAAAUAAGUAGUGACCUGAACGGUAUAAAAACUCCAGAAAAGAGUAGUAUUUCCGACAAUGGUGGUAAAAGUGAAAAGAAGAUGGAAAACGGUGGAAUAAAAGCGGUUAAAAGUACCAAUUCCUUAAGCGGAGAAAUUGAUACGGCGGAAAAGAAGAUGGACACCGGCGGGAUUAAGUCGAUUAAAAGUAGUAAUUCCUUAAGCGGAAUGAUCGAUAAAGAAGAAAAGAAGAUGGAAAACGGCGGAAUUAAAUCGGUUAAAAGUAGUAAUUCUUUAAGCGGUGAUAGCGAUAAAGCGGAAACGGGUUCGAUAAAGGGCGAAAAAAGUGAUACGCCGAAACCCGAAAGCCGAAAGGGAGAUAAACCUGAGAAAAGUGAGAAAAAUGAUAAGCAAGAAAAUGGUGAUGUAAAUGUGGCGCUCAACGGCAUAGCUGGAUCAGAGAACGGAGAGGCCCUUGAAGGGGAAGAAGCGUUAAGAGACGAGGAGAAGGAAAAGUUAAUGCGAGUUCUGAUCGGAGAGCUAGAGGACUUACCCCCUUUGGGCUCGAAAAUCGUUCGCAUCUUCACCAGCUCAACGUUCACAGACACCACAUUGGAACGAAAUGCCCUUAUGGAGAAAGUCUAUCCAAAACUGAAGAGCAGUCUCCGAGAAAAACACGGCCUAGAGUUUCAAGUCGUGGACAUGCGAUGGGGGGUCCGAGACGAGGCCACGGACGAUCACAUGACAACCACGCUUUGCAUGCAGGAGAUUGACAACUGUCAGCGUCUCUCCAUUGGACCCAACUUCAUUGUAUUUCUUGGUCAGAAGUACGGUUACCGGCCCAUCCCGACCCACAUCGACGCCGAGGAAUUCCUCAUGCUACGGGAAUGCACUCAGAAUGACCCGGGUGAACUUGCACUCAUGGACCUCUGGUACAAACGAGACGACAAUACAGUUCCUGCAGUUUUCAUCCUUCAGCCAAUCAGCUCCAUCCUUACAAAUUUCAACAACAAGCGCAAUCGGAGGCUGAUGGAGGCGGACCAGGCCACGUGGUGGGACACGCUGGGCAAGCUGCAGCGGAUAUUGCGCAAGGCGGCCCAGGUGCUCUUCAUCGCGAAGAAGAUCAACCGCGAGCAGAUGCACAACUUCUUCAUGUCCGUCACCGAAAGGGAGAUCACUCGCGGUAUCCUGAAGGCCAAGAACGUACAGGACCACUGUCUGGCGUACGUACGCGAGAUCGAGAAUAUCAACGUUACACUGCUCCGGUUCGCCUCCAAGUUCGUGGACUUCGCUGCAAGGAACGUGGAUGGCGAGGCUCAGAAGUUGCUGAAGACGCUGAGAGACGAGAAACUUCCAGUGAAGAUGCCAGAGACGAACAUCGUCAAGUUCAAGGUCGAGUGGGGAGGCAAGGAGGGUAUCGAUAUGGAGACGCACAAGGAUUACAUAGACACGUUCUGUCAGCACUUCUACGACAACGUGCUACGCCUUGUUGAUAACGCCAUGGCCAAGAACGAGAAGCUAUCCAGCAACGCCGUAUACGUCGAGGUGCUGCAACAUCUCAAGGCCUGCUACAGCUCCUGUAAGGUGUUUCAGGGGCGGGAGGACAUAGUAAACCAGAUUCAGCAGUACGUCCUCGGCAAGUCUGAUAAACCGCUGGUCCUUCACGGUGAUAGUGGGUGCGGCAAGACCUCGCUCAUGGCCAAGGGGGCUAGUCAGGUUCGCUCCUGGUUCAGUGCCGAAAGCACGCCGUUCCUAGUGCUGCGCUUCCUGGGCACAACUCCAAACAGCUCCAGCAUCAUUCCGCUGCUGACCAGCCUCUCGCGCCAGCUUAUGUGGCUCUACGAACUUCCGGACGAGGACAUUCCGGACGAGUUGUCGCCCCUCGUGACGUUCUUUAAGCGUCUCAUCACCAGCGCCACCAAGGACAGGCCGCUGAUAUUAAUCCUAGACUCUCUGGACCAGCUAUCCGGCGCCGACGGGGCGCACCAGCUUGCUUGGUUGCCGACGUCACUUCCACCGCACGUGCGUCUCAUCGUCUCGACGCUGCCGAACUAUUACGGGAUAUUAGAUACGCUGCACAGCAUGAUCGAGACAGAGGAGCAUUACAUCCCCGUGUUACCGCUCGGCGAGAAUCUGAGUGCGUCCAUACUGCAGUUCUGGCUGAAGAACGCCAAUCGGACAUUAACCAAUGAGCAAAUGAAACUCGUUCACGAGGCGUUUACAAAGUGCAAUCUUCCGUUGUAUGUGAAAUUAGUGUUUGACGAAGUGUGUAGGUGGAAAUCGUACUCCGCAAUUGACACUGUGUCUCUGGCUUUCACAAUCCAUGACAGUAUAUAUAAGCUCUUUGAUCGCAUUGAGAUCCAGCAUGGAAAAACGCUCGUCGGCCACGCGUUCGGUUACAUCACGGCGGCGAAAAGCGGUCUUUCUGAAGCAGAACUUGAGGAUCUCCUGUCCCUCGAUGAAAAGGUAUUGAACGACGUCUAUCAGUACCAUCUUCCACCAGUAAGGAGAAUUCCGCCGCUGCUUUGGACACGUAUUCGUAGCGAUCUCCCAUCGUAUUUGAGCGAGCGCGAGGCAGAUGGUGUUAACGUCGUCAACUGGUACCACCGACAGUUCAUCGAGGCUGCCAGGGAGCGCUAUUUUAAAAACUUGAACUAUGUCAGCGAGAUCCAUUCAAACAUCGCCGAAUAUUUCCUUGGCAUCUGGGGCGGCGGAAAACCGAAGCCGUUUGAAUAUACUGAGAGCCAGCGAAAAAUGUUUCACCUGGAGCAGAAGGGCGGCGAGAGCGACCGGAAAGUGCCGCUGCAGCCGUUGGUGUUCGUCGACGAAAACGGCCGGCCGAUGAGACACAAUCUCCGUAAACUGAAUGAGCUUCCUUACCACUUGGUUAGGUCGCAUCGCUAUGAAGAGCUUUAUACACAGGUCAUCUUCAACUACAAUUGGCUCCAUGCCAAGCUAAGUUCUAUGCCGCUGCAGUCCGUACUGUCCGAUUUCGAGGACCUGCUCGACCACGUGUACCAGAAGGACGUGAAACUGAUCGCUGACGUCAUCCGACUGUCGAGUUCUAUUUUAAGCCACUAUCCGGACAACCUCGGUCCGCAAAUAAUCGGAAGGCUUCUCCCGUAUUUCACAAUCAACGAGAACAUCCGCAUGCUGAUACAGCAAUGUGACACCGACGGUCUGACGAGGUGCGCACUGGUGCCGGUCCACCAUUGCUUGCACACACCCGGUGGUCCGCUGCAGUUCUCGCUCGAAGGUCAUCUCUUUGCGCCGUUCGGAAUCGCCGUAACGUCCAAUGCAAAGUAUCUGAUAUCUGUGUCUAAUAAAUUCAUCAUCUUCGAUCUCAACACCGGGGAGGUCUUCCGAACAAUCGCGCCUGGGAUUGAGGGGAUCAUGCAAAGUCUAGUCGUCUCAGACAACGACAAAUAUGCUGCAGGCUUCACUAACAAUAAUCAAGUAAUUGUGUGCAAUAUUCUCACGGGGGAACACGUGAAAAUCAUGCCGCCGCUGAAAGAGCAUAAGGAGUCCGCCGUGAGUGGGACCACCAUGAAUAAUACCCACAUUGUUAUAUGGACGCUGGAGGAAUGGUUCCUCUACACGGUAAGCGGCACCUUUCUCUCGAGGCAUACUAUUGAGAUGAACAUGCCGAUUCUUUCCGCGGAAUUCGGUCCCGAUGCGAGGGUGUACAUAGUUGUGAAAAGCGGUGGAGCGAAUGACUCCGAAAUGACGCUUGAAAUGGGUGACAAUUCCAUUGAACCGUUUGAGUUUCACAGCGCAAUAGCAAUGACAAAGGACAAACAGACACUUUACACGUGCAUAGAAAUCAGUGACAAUGCAGUCGCGGUGUAUAAACGCGACGGAGAUACGUGGAAAUACGACAGAACGCUUGGCGAUAAUUAUGACGUCGUUUUUGCGUUGAACCUUUCAGAGGAUGAGAACUAUCUCGUGGCAACAAUCCCUUUAGGUUACAAACUGUGGAACUUAAAAACAGACGUUAUGGUGCCCCUCAAACUGCCUCACGGAACGCGAAACAUUCCCACUAAGAACCAGCUGUCAGGGCUGGUGGUUCUGACUCGGAACAAUCAUUUCGUCGUGGCGGCCGUACGUAAAAACGUGUACGUUUGGGACGUCAAACAGGGUAACAUGUUCAAAGUGCUGGACGCUCAUUUCGGACGCAUCAUUGCCCUGACGGCUGUAACGCAUGGCUGCAAUAAGGUCAUAUCUUCGUCAAUCGAUAAGACAAUCAAAGUGUGGAACUUCGAUAAUAUACUUGAAGACGUGCAUUCUAUAGACAGACUUGAGAAGCCUAUCGAGACUAUAGACUUGGCCUCGGACAUUCCGUUCUGUGUGACCACCAGUCGUAAUUGCGUCGGUGUAUGGAACCUGGAGAACGGCAAACUGCUGAAAACAUUCGGCACUACCACAUCCACGUCAGUGAUAACAGAAGCAGUGAUUACGGGUGACGGAAAUUACGUCUGCGCAGCGGAGACGGCGAACAUCGUCAUUUGGGACGUUUCUAAAGACGCGGCGAUGAAGACGCUGCCAUUACGUGACACUCAGAAACUCAUCAGAAAUGAGAACGAUACCAGAAUUAUUGCCAUCGCAAAACAGGGAGCCACUAAAGGUGUGUGCGCGUGUUACUCCUUACCGGAAGGUGAUCAGGUUUACAAGUUUGAAUACGGGAUUAGGGCUUACAAAGAUGGUGUCGUUACAUGUGACGGUUCGUUGCUCGCACUUCCGGCAGUUGAUAAAAGCGGUGACGUCAUCGGGGUUUAUCAGGCCAAGGUAGGUCAACAUUUGUACAAUUUGCAAUUAAAGUACAACACUUACAAGCCAAUGAUCAGACUCGUCUCUAUGCCGCAUGAUCCGAAUCAAGUGGCGCUCAUCGACGAAGACAAAGGUAAUAUUCUUGACCUUAAGAAGAAAACGCUAGUCAGAUCGGUCAACAGAUGGAACGGGCAUGUAACCAACACGGGGAAGCACGGACUGUACGCGCCUAGUCGAGGCGGUCUAGAAUACAUUGAGCUGAAACAUGGUAAAACUGUAAAGACAUUAAUUCCUCGAAUAGCAGAGGGCGUUUUUAAUGUAGAUACGACGUUCAGUAAUAACGACCGUCAUGUGAUCUACUACCACUCCGGUCACAGGACGCUGCGGGUUUUCCGGUUAAGCGACGGUAAAAUGGUGGCCAAGUACAAAGCCCAUGCCGAGGUAAAGGUCAUGAAAUGCAGUCCGGGCGGAAUGUCGAUGAUAAUCGGAUGUGUGGACGGAAGUAUGACCGUCCUGGCAUUGGCGGAUCCUUUUUACGAGGAGAACGUGGAGUUUCUUCAGAGCAUUCCGAGCCGGCAGAAACACCAGGCGGGCGUCGGACUUCCGGGAGACAAUAGUGAUGGAAAUACCCCGAAGAACGCAAUCGGAACCGCCUUACAGGUGGCUCGAUUCGUGGCCAAGGCUAGAGGCGCACAGAGAUCUCGUGCUUGUGUUAUAUCGUGAAAGUUGUUUGCAAAGCUAUUACCGUACAUAUCUUGCUACGAUAUUGUUGUGAUUUUGUGUGUUGUAUACCCCAAUCGAAAGUUAAAUAUGGUUAACAACCAAGUUAUCCCUGUGUUCGACACUCUCUUGUUUAAUAUGGAUAUUAGAAGCUUACAUAAACUGGUAUCAGUGUCCGAGAGAACGUGUAGAACGGGGACAACUUGUCUGAUUAUUUGCUUUUAGUGCCAAUAAUUUUUAUAAAGUCAAACACGCGUCUUACACACGACCAGCUUUGCUCAACAUCAUCUUAAUGACAUCGGUUUGUUAAGGCGUAAAUUAUCGCUAGAAUGAACAAUGAGUACGGUAGAUGUCUUUGAAAAUAGGUAGUUGGUAAGACGUCUGUUGUAUUGUUGCGCCGUUUUGCCGUGUCGUUACCAUAAGUGUAUGUUCUUUAUUUGCAAAAUUUGCUUACGUGAUUCUACAUCUUACAUAUGUUUAUGCCAUAUUUUCUCUCUUCUUUUUUCAAUAGUUUCAAUCAACUGGAACAAGAAUACCCGUAUUUACACUCAAGUAAAACAUGCAGUUAGAAUUUUAAAUUGUGUUUAAAAGAACUCCGGAACAAGUACCUUUAAUUAACGAUUUUCGAAAGCAAAAAAAAUGUCUGAAUGACAACUUAGUAUAAUAUUAAAAUAAACCCUGUGUAAAUUGUACAUUUGCAUUCAUUUUCGAAAUAUAGCAUUCAUACAUAUGACUUCUUUAAGAAUAAAACUGUAAAUGCAAUAGCCCAAUCUGUUCAUAAGGCGGCUACAUAAGGUGAAAAUGUUAAAAUGGAGUAUUUUCCUGAUAAAUAAGUUUACACGUAUUUAGAUUAUUAAAGACUAAUCUAGUCAUGUAUCUUAAUGUUUAUCUCCAUAGUUGAUAGUUGAGUGCGAAACAGCUGCAUUUUAAUGUGAAACUGUUGUAUGUGCUUCUAUCUCAGUUCCGAUCUGUGUAUACGAAAAAAAAAUUGUUCAUUGUGUCGUGCUAAUGAUUGUUUUUUUCGUUGCAUUCAGCAUGGCUGCAUUACUAAGUUGUUGUGGGCAAUACUAAUUCCUAUUCUUAUUAGAUAUAUGUCUCCGUCAACCUGUUAACAUACUAGUCAGUUGGUUUAGUAAGUCUUUGUACUUUUUCCUGGCUGUUAUUUAGUUUUUGAUAAUUGUUCAUACAGCUUUGUGUAAUUUUAUGUCAUAUGUAUAUAUAUAUAUAUAUUUCUACUCAUGAAUCGGUUUGUACAUUUAACAAGGUAUAUUUUUGUUGCUGCUUUUCGCAUGAUAAUGUUUAAUCUGGGAAUGCAAGGCAAUGGUUGUUUUAUUACAGCAAAUGCGUUGCAAAAAUCCCACCUAUCUAUCUAAUCCUGUAUACUAGACAUCUAUCAGUGUUGUAUUGAACAGAAAUUUAUUUUUCAUAUAAUGAUUGUAUUAUAUUUCAGUUUUGCAAAAAGACUUUGUUUACCAUUAUUUUAAUUUCAACAUGAACGCAUAAUGUUUGCCCUAUUUGUUACUUUUGCUUCAUGAUUAAGCUUUCGAACACAGUUAUUUUCACGACUGACACCGAGUCACGGGGUUCUGUUGUGCCUUCAGUCCACAGGUGGUUAGCGUGUGGCUAUGAUAUUAAUUAGUGAA